AUGGGUUGCCAACGUAUGGGGACCUAUCCCAUUGCGGGUGUGGAAGAUGUGCGCCGUGCUGUCGUUUUGGAGGUGAACGAUUUUUGUAUUUCCGUGAAGCUGCCUCCUGCAAGUGAAUUAAGGAAAGAUUCCCGGUAUGGCAUUAACCUUGAUGCCCAGGUUGUCGGUUUCAAUGCAAGGCGCGUUCGCGACGAAUAUGAGCUUGCCUUUCGUAUGUAUCUUACUGGAAACGAUCUUGAGAAGUACGCCCGGAGGUGCACGGUUGGGUACCUUUUUCUUCCAUCCGGGGAGGAGCAUUACCUCGGCCCGCUGAUAUUUGGUAGUGACUCGGUGUGCUCGGCCAUGCUUGUGGGGGAAGUGCCAUCAAAUGUAGAGGUGUGCUUUGAGUGCCUUUCUCUUCCCAGAGGUAUGACGGCUCUGAUGCCUGCCUGCUUUCGCCUUGCAGAGAUCAUGGCGACCAUUCUUGAUGCUGACGUGCACAAUGCAUCAGUGGCCUCCUCGCAUAUGCAAAACUUGGUGAAACUGUUCCCUUCUUAUGGUGACUGCAUGAUGCAGUUUGAUAACUGGACCAAAUUUGUGGAGUGCGCGGAAGCUCAACUGGGACUGUGGUGCACAAGAAGAUACACCGAAGACGAAAUCAAAAAAUAUGGAUUUCGUAAUGUUGCACAUUAUGAGGAGCCACGUCUUGUCUCAAAACGAUUUAUUUACGACUAUGUUGAUGGGGAUGUUGGGAAAGAUGCGUUGCAUCAUGAAAAGUUUGAGGAGUUGAAGAAGCUUGUUGCCGCUGCAUUGAACUCUUGCACUGACUGCCGGCGUCCUUCUCAUCUGUGUAAGAAACACCUCACGGAGAUAUCAAGCAUGCCUUGCGUUCUCCAGCUGAAUCCCCCAAACUACUUGGCACCCGUGACUGCUGAGGGAAUCGUCUGGAGGAUUGUUCUCCAAGACCCCCUCCAUCCCCUCCGUGUUGUCUGGGAACGCAAAGUCACGCGGGUUCCAGAUUUUCGCUAA